AUCGUCUCGCUCGCUCUCCUGCGUAUACUUCUCUCGCUGGUCGCCGUCGCCGCUUUUCGUCUCCUCUCAUUCCGCUCGCGCUCGACGUGCAACUCGCGCACACACACCGAGGAUUUUUCAGGCUACUCGGCUCAGGCAGUGUCUCGAAAGCUCGGCAAUCAAGAUGUUCAGACUACCAACAGUUCUCCGCAGCGCUGCUCUGCGUCAGAUGCAGCUUCAGUCACGCAGCUAUGCCAAAGACGUUCGCUUUGGAGCUGAAGUGCGGGCACUCAUGCUCCAAGGAGUAGAUGUAUUGGCUGAUGCGGUUGCUGUCACUAUGGGCCCCAAGGGACGCAAUGUCAUUUUGGAGCAGAGCUGGGGUAGCCCAAAGAUCACCAAGGAUGGUGUUACUGUAGCCAAGGGUGUGGAACUGAAGGACAAGUUCCAGAACAUUGGAGCAAAAUUGGUGCAAGAUGUUGCCAACAACACCAACGAAGAAGCUGGAGAUGGAACAACCACUGCCACUGUUCUGGCCAGAGCCAUCGCCAAGGAAGGCUUUGAAAAGAUCAGCAAGGGUGCCAAUCCUGUUGAGAUUAGGCGUGGUGUAAUGAUGGCUGUUGACAAAGUCAAGGAAGAGCUCAAGGCUUUGAGCAAACCUGUUACUACACCGGAAGAAAUUGCACAGGUCGCAACUAUUUCUGCUAAUGGCGACACUGCUAUUGGCAACCUUAUUUCUGAUGCAAUGAAGAAAGUUGGAAAGGAGGGAGUCAUCACUGUUAAAGAUGGCAAGACUUUGAUCGAUGAAUUGGAAGUUAUCGAGGGUAUGAAGUUUGACCGUGGAUACAUCUCGCCUUACUUCAUCAACUCUUCCAAGGGAGCUAAAGUAGAAUUCCAGGAUGCUCUGAUCUUGUUCAGUGAGAAAAAGAUUUCAUCUGUUCAGAGCAUCAUCCCUGCUUUGGAGCUCGCCAACUCCCAACGUAAACCACUUGUCAUUGUUGCCGAGGACAUUGAUGGUGAAGCUCUUUCAACCUUGGUUGUGAACCGUUUGAAGAUUGGAUUGCAAGUAGCCGCUGUGAAGGCACCAGGUUUUGGUGACAACAGGAAAGCUACCCUGCAAGAUAUGGCAAUCGCUACUGGCGGUAUUGUUUUCGGAGAUGACGCUAACUUGAUCAAAAUCGAAGACGUCCAGCCUAGUGAUUUGGGACAAGUUGGAGAAGUGCUUAUCACGAAAGACGACACAUUGCUUCUGAAAGGCAAAGGAAAGAAGACCGAUAUCGACAGAAGAGCCGACCAACUCAGAGAUCAGAUCGAAAAUACGACAUCAGAUUAUGAAAAGGAGAAAUUGCAAGAACGAUUGGCUAGGCUUGCAUCUGGGGUAGCAGUUCUCAGAGUAGGAGGAAGCAGCGAGGUCGAAGUGAACGAGAAGAAAGACCGAGUCCACGAUGCCCUCAAUGCUACUCGCGCUGCCGUUGAAGAGGGCAUUGUUCCCGGAGGUGGUACUGCUCUCUUGAGGUGUGCUCCAUCCCUGAAAUCUCUGCAUCCAGCAAAUGAAGAUCAGAAGACUGGUAUCAACAUCGUAGCUAAUGCUCUUCGCAUGCCAUGCCUGCAAAUUGCCCAGAACGCUGGGGUUGAUGGCAGUGUCGUUGUCGCCAAGGUCUCUGAAGGCAAACUUGGGUAUGACGCUAUGAACAACGAGUACGUAGAUAUGAUCGAGAAGGGUAUCAUCGACCCGACUAAAGUCGUCCGCACAGCUCUCACCGAUGCCGCUGGAGUCGCCUCGCUCUUGACGACCGCCGAAGCAGUGGUUACUGAGCUGCCAAAGGAGGACCCACCAAUGCCAGGUGGUGGUAUGGGUGGAAUGGGUGGCAUGGGAGGAAUGGGUGGCAUGGGCGGUAUGAUGUAAGCGAGCCGUGUUUCUAUAGUGUGCUCAAAGACUGACAUUUAACAAAAGUCGCCGUCGUCGCCAUUUCAACGCGAACAACACACACCGGAUAUAUCAGCCAGGGCCAAGCGAAUAUUUGGUUUACCAUGGACAUUAGCAUCCUCUAGAUUUUUAUAAUUGAGUAAAUCCCUUUCGAGUUUUUCCCUUGCACGAGUUUUUCCUUUGAAUCGAUUGGUUUUGUAAAUAAAAAACUCCUUUCUUCUUAUUGAAUAAAGCAGAGUAAUGCAAUGAAUAUGCAGGAAAUCUUUUGUAAUGCGGUUAUAAAAGUUACCAUAAGGUAUCUUAUUCUACUUGACUAAAGGAUGCUAAUGUUUGUGCCAGCAUCAAGUUAAAGAGUUAACAUUGUACAAGUUUAACGGCAGCAUUGUUAAUGCAAGUACGUAAAAAUGCUACUUUACCUUGUGUUCAAACAAUCUUUUUUUACAUCCUUUUGACACAAUGGUAGAUGCGUGAUUACUUUUAUUAAUUACGUAAAAACAAACAUAACGAACAAGUUGGCCAUAAUAUUAGCACAAAACGCAUUGCAUUUUGAAUCUGUCAUAUAAACUAAUGCGUACCAGUGUUCAAUGGUCUUCAAAAUACUACGGCUUGAAAAAAUUCAAAUUUAAAAUUUAUCAUUUCUGUCGAUAAGCUCUACAUAUUUUAUGAAUUGGUUACAGCCAAAUCGAGAUAGUUGAAUAAAGAUACAAAUAAAAAGUGACGUACUUUUUAUAAUAUUAAUUAAAAUUAUGAGUAUCUCACGCCGUGCAUUUGAAAAACGUUGCCUCAACCAGUGAACGAGUGAAUCAUCCUGUUAAGAAUGCAAGAGUGUAAAAAUGUUGAAGUGUGCUAGAGUUCUGUUACUUUUUGUAAACAAUAAUGUUUAUUUUCACUUUUAGUCUAAAUAAAAAUAUGUUUAAAUUAAACGAAA